GUAUCGCUCUCGUUUACUAGUGGAAACGAUAGCUCCCGUUGUGUGAGAGUACAAUCACAAUGUGCCCAGCCAGCUGCUUCUUCUCGGAUUUAAUGUACUUUUAAAGAAGUUUACAGGAAGUAAACUGUACUUGGGGGUUUCGAACACGGGUUUUUGAAAGUAGCGUGGACGCUCCCAGCCCAGUCGAGGGGAGGUAGACCUGUCCGUUGAUGGCUGCUGGGGAUGGAGCCCAGCUUCCUGCCACAGUAGCGGCCAGCCGGAGCGUGGAGAAGGCGCUCGAGGAAGCUGCCGCGAGCGGGGCUCUUAACUUGUCCAACCGAAAGCUGAAGGAGUUCCCCCGGAGCGCGAGGAACUACGACCUGUCCGACAUUACACACGCAGAUCUGUCCAAGAACCGCCUGUGUGAGUUGCCGGAAGAUCUUUGUCAGUUCAUCUCUCUGGAGACCCUGAGCCUUUAUCACAAUGGGAUGCGUUCACUGUCCUCCAGCCUGGGCAACCUCCAGGCCCUCACCUACCUCAACCUCAGUCGUAAUCUUCUGUCCAGUUUACCCCCCUCGGUGUUUCAGCUUCCCCUGCUGCGAGUUCUCAUAGUCAGCAACAACAAGCUGUGUUCACUGCCCGCCUCCAUAUACUCCCUCACACACCUCCGACAGCUGGAUGUAAGCUGUAAUGAGCUGCAGUGUUUGCCUGCAGAGCUUGGCCAGCUAGAGUGUCUGAGGGACUUAAACUUGCGGAGGAACCAGCUCACCACUUUGCCUGAAGAAAUAUCUGAGCUCCCGCUUGUCCGGCUUGAUGUGUCCUGCAACCGCAUUUCCCAUGUGCCCCUGUGCUACCGCCAUCUCCGACAUCUCCAGAGCAUUUUGCUCGACAACAACCCGCUGCAAAUGCCACCUGCACAGAUCUGCUCCAAGGGCAAAUACCACAUCUUCAAGUACCUCAACAUGGAAGCCUGCAAAAGGAGCCAGGAGGAGCUGGAGAGACACCUGAGGCCCACUGGGUUCAACAGCUGUCUGUCAGACCAGGAGCUGUUCACAGGUCAGUUUGGAGGGCUAGAUUCUGGCUUUAACAGUGUGGACAGCGGCAGCAAACGGUGGUCUGGGAAUGAGUCAGCAGAUGACUUCUCAGAGCGUUCCCUCCGUAUGGCUGAGGUCAGCAGAGACCAGAGGAACCUGGAGGAGGAGGAGGAAGAGGAAGAUGGAUCUCAUCUGAAAGCUAACAAAGUGAAUGGGGAGGCUGAGCAUGUGGACUUCAUGGACAGCAGCGUGACAGAGGAAGAGGAGGAUGAGAUCCGGAUGGAUCCACCCACACCUCCUCUCACAGCCCCAACGGAGGAGAAGGAGGGCUCUUCAUCAUCCCAAACCCAGGACUCAACAACUUGCAGGUCCAGCCUCCAUGUGGAGGUGGGCCCGCCAUCAUCGGCCACCUCCUCUCCGCUGUCCCCCUCCAGCCCCACGCUGGAGGAGCGCAGGAGGCCGGGCACCCUGUUCAUCUGGCAGGAGAGAGAGCGUCUGCAGCAGCAGCAGCAGAGAGAGAAGGCCAGUUUGCUGAAGUCAUCCUCCAAAACAGGAAGUCAUGUGGCCACUGCACCACAGACAGGAAGUAUCUCAGCUGGUGGAUCUCCAGAGAACAGCAGCUCUCAGUCAGGUCUGCGGCAGCGAUGUGCAAGCGCCGAUCAGAUGAGCAGAGUGUCUCCUUCACUUAUACAGCGCUCCAACAGCAGAACAGAUGUUCCUUCCUCCCCAAAGACCUCCCCCCCGCCCGGUCAGGCCCAGAGACCCAACAGUUUCCUGUUCCGCGCCACCUCCCGCAGCAACGUCAAACCCACAGGUGCAGUCUUUACUCUCGGGGAGUCCGGCAGAAGUGAGUCUCGCACAAUGCUGCGUUCUCCUAAAGAGGAGAGAGCAGAAAUUACACAACUACGCAAGACUCUGGAGUCUCGGCUGAAGAUCACUCUACCGGAGGAUCUGGGCGAGGCCUUAUCCAAUGGCACCGUCCUCUGCCAGCUGGCCAAUCAGAUUCGACCACGCUCCGUGGCAAUCAUCCACAUUCCCUCUCCAGCAGUGCCAAAACUGAGCUCAGCAAAGUGUCGACUCAACGUGGAAAACUUUAUUGCUGCUUGUCGCAAGCUGGGAGUCCCCGAGACGGACAUGUGUCUGUACUCUGAUGUGCUUCUGUGUAAGCUGUCUGCUGUGCUGCGCUGUGUGGCGGCCCUGCUGGCUGCUGAGGGGGGACAGAUGACGGAGGACCAGCUUCCUUGUCUUUCCUCACCUUCGUCAUCGUCGUCAUCGUCCUCGCUGCUGUCCACAGAUUUCCUGCUCUUCUACUGUGCGGCCAUGGCCCUUCUCUACGUCCUCUACUGCUACCUGCUCACCUAGAGAAGCCACGCGCACAGCUUUUUAUAUUCACGUGACUGUCGAACUGCUCUACAGGCUAACCGAACACACACAGACACACACAGUCACAGUUGGAGAGUGUGAAGCCAACAUUCACAGCUGUUCACACAGUUGUCAUCUGCAGUGUGUGUGUGUUUCCAUAUAGCCGUAUAGAGCAGGCAGCCGAGCACCUUUACCAAACCCAAUACACUACAGCACACUGGAGCUUCAGCUCGUCAUUUAGAAAGCACUACACUGACACUGUUACUGGACAAAUACUACAUGAGAGCAGGUGAAGAGGGAAAUGCCUUAGCCUAGUUUAGCCUUCACCCUGAAACGCACAGCAUGCAUGGAGGAGUUUUGUGGUAAACUGAGGAAGAGCUUCUCCGCACCAUGAAACUAUCUGAUUGGCUGAAACACAAAUGAGCAAAAGGAGCCACGCCCUUCAUUCCUUCUAUUCACUGGUAGAUCAAGAGCUGCUGGUCGUAACGCUCCGUGGGUUCAUUAUAACAACUCACCCAUCCCGCACUUUUUGAUUCGACCCAUUAAUAGUAUAUCAGAGGCUUCAUUUUCGUUUGUCCGUCACCAGAAAUACAACUUGGACUUUUUAAGCUCUGGUCAUUUACUGGUUAUGAUUAUAUUGUACUCACCAUGUACAUAGCUGAGAUCAGGGAACAUCACUAAAAACAAGUCCCGCUCAGUCAAUCAGAUGAUGUCAGUUUGAAUUUUGAAAGUAUAAAGCAGCAAAAAGAAAAACUGUUAAUAAAAUGACCUUAAGACCAACUUCCCUA